AUGCCACUAGCUGGUUCCCCUUCAAUACUAUUUUUCGAUGUCUUAGGGACAAUCGUGGAAUGGAGAUAUUGCAUCGCGAACCAACUGAACGCCGCAGCACAAAGGGCUGUACAAGAUCAAGGUCGACAUCUAAGUGCUGAUAUACAAGCACGUGUCUCUAAAAUGUCCAUUUCGAGCUGGCAGGAGAUCUCUACGGAAUGGCAUCACUCAUAUAUGAACUUCGGAAACACCUACGAUCCAUCUAAACCCUUUAUCUCAGUUGAUGAGUACAACCGCAUUUCCCUGGAAAAGAUUCUCAUCAAAUGGCUUCUCCGUGAUUUAUUUGAUGAGGACGAUCUCAUUGAUUUGACACUCGCUUGGCAUCGACUUGACCCGUACUCUGAUAGUGUCCCAGGCCUUUCAUUGCUAAGCACUAAAUUUCCGACCUCUACCCUAUCCAACGGCAAUAUAAAGCUGCUCGAGGACCUACAAGAACAUACUUCUUUGCCAUUCAAGCAUAUUACCAGUGCAGAGCAUCUAGGUGCUUAUAAGCCCUCGCCAGAGGCUUAUCAUGGUGCUGCUCGCAGAUUUGGGUUUAGGAAUUCGCAGUGUUGUCUUAUCGCAGCCCAUCUUCAGGACUUGCAGGCCGCCAAGAAAUGUGGGUUUCAGACAAUCUAUCUCGAGAGAGAGUUAGAAGAAGCAUGGGAUAGUAAAGAUGUUGCACGAGCCAGAGAAGAGGGGUUUGUCGAUCUUUGGGUUGGAAUUGGAGGCUCAGGUCUGAGUGAAGUUGCUCGAUAUUUUGGGAUAGGAAGUGAGGUCUAG